GGAAGCAUCAUUCGACUCACUGCGGGCUGGCACGGUGGACAAUCUCGGCCAGAGGCUGACUUAAAAUAACUUUUAAGGACCAGGAGGGAGAAACGAUUGGAGUCAACAUGCAUUUCAUCUCCUUGUUGGUCCUUUUUGGGACAGUAAUGUCGGUAAACAGCGAAAAGCACUCUCUCUCUUACAUCUACACGGCAUUCUCCAAACCUAUCGGGAUCCCGGGCAUCCACGAAUUCACGGCCAUGGGUCUCCUGGACGACAAGAUGAUUGACUACUUCGACAGUGACAAUCCAGAGAAGGUUCCCAAGCAGAAAUGGAUGGAGGAGCGACUGGAUAAAGAUUACUGGGAAAAAGGAACGCUGUCCCGCCAGAGCAAGCAGCAGUGGUUCAACGUCAACAUCGGGAUUUUGAUGAAUCGAAUGAGGCAGAACGACUCAGACACCCAUGUGCUGCAGUGGAGGCAUGGCUGUGUGGGUGAAACACAGACAGACGGGACCCUGAAGUUCAAAAGUGGAAUGGACAUGUACAGCUACGACGGAAAGGACUUUCUUUCUUUUGACGAUGUCAACCAAGUGUGGGUCGCACCGAUCUUGGCGGCAGAGCCGACCAAGAGGAAGUGGGAUGAGGUCCAGGUCCUAAAAGAAUACACCCGAGGCUACCUGGAGAAGGAGUGCAUCGAUUGGUUGCACAAGUUCAUCAACUACGGGAAACUUCAGCUCGAAAUCGCCAAGAAGCCCAAAGUUGAUGUGUUUGCAAAGAACUCCAACAUCAAGACGAACCUGGUUUUGUCCUGCCUGGCCACCGGUUUCUACCCCAAAGACAUCGAGAUGAAGAUCAAAAGGGAGGGUCGCGUUCUAACCAAAGACGAUGGCGUGAUAAGUACAGGCUCCCUACCGAAUGGCGAUGACACCUUCCAGAGGAGAGACAGUAUUGAGAUCUUCAGGGUGGAUUUGGCGACGUACACCUGUGAGGUGUCUCACUACCAAUCACAUUUUACUAUGGAGAAGACUUGGGAUAAUACCCUCCCUCCUGAAGACUCUGGAAGUCUACCGCUGAUUGCUGGUGGGGCAGUCGUGGGUCUGAUCAUCUUGGGUCUGGUUCUGGGGCUGGCUGUCUUCAUAAUAAAGAAGAGAAACCAAUCUUCUCACUCUUCCAUGAGUAAAGCAAGCAGCAUGUCAACAAACUCGAGCGAUGAGUCUGUUAACAGGAAGGAAGGCGUCAAAGUGCCUCUGAACGACAAUGACUCUGGAGUCUCCAGUACCGGUAACAGCAACAAAGGCGACACUCCUGAGUUCCAGAGUCUGAAGGACAACGAGAACGGGGAAGAGGAGUGAUGAAGAGGAAAGGUGACCUCUUUAAGUGAAUCUUUAUUAUGAUAUUAAUAUGAAAAGGAAUAAUUAUAACAAAGCCCCCACGUUGUUUAGUGGAUCGCUCCUCUUCAAAACGUCCUCAGAACCCCAGGCAUUCAUUCGAAAUUCAAAUCAAAAUGGCUGACUUACUGGUGUGAUUCGGCAAUAUUCAAUUUCAUACAUGUAGGUAAAAGUAACUUCUGUGGGGCCCCUUUUUUAUGUCAAGGUGGCGCUGUUGAGCCGUUUUGCAAAAGUCAUCUGUGAAUUCUUCAUAUUCUCUCCUUGUACCCCAGACCGGAUGCAGUUUUGGUGCAUGUUAAAGGCUCCACAAAUGUGUUCAGAGAGGCAGUAUAAAAAAAAGGGCCAAAAUGGUCCUCACGCCGAGGUCGGGCCCUAAAAAUAUGAAAUUGGUUUAAUGUGAAGUAGGGAUCAAGCUGAAAUCAAACAAUCCAGUUGUUGACUAAAAACCUGCCAUGACAGAUAGACGUAAGGGAUUAUAAAAACAAAUGUUUAGAAGUGAUUUGAAAGUUGAAUCAGAUGUGUGGCAGCCUAAUUUCUUCAAGCAGGCGGUUU